UGCUGACUCGGGAGAAGUAUUUAGAUCAUCUGGUUCUCUCAUGUUAUACACUCUUUAAAUGUUGAGCCGUGGCUUUAAAGACGGCAUAUAUUACACGUUGGCCGCUAGUGAAGUGCAUGUAGCUGAAAUGAAUUACAGAAAAGCUCCCUUAUAGCCCUCCUAGUGCGCCAGUUGCCUAAUUACAGGCCCAACGAAGGAUGCCAGCAGACGAGGGUCCAGGGGCGGGCGUGAGAGAGGUACGGGGAGGAGAGGCUCACUUCUCCACCAAGACCUCUUCCAGGGCCUCCUUAGCCAGUGUGCCCACCCCCACCUCCUGCUAUUCCUCAUCCAGCUCUUCUGUAUCAGAAAUCGUGGGUCUUGGGCAACUACGAUCAAGUGAUUCCUUGUCCUCAGCUGAGUCACACUCCCCUGCCUUCCGCGACCCUGUCGCAUCUACAACAGGAGGAACUUGCACCAGCAGCAGCAGCACCUCAGUAGUCCGAAUUGAGUUAUUGCCACAAGAAAACAUUCACCAUGUGUCACCUGCCUCGUCACCGACAUCCCAGACUUCUAUCUACAUCCAACACUCCUAUGUCCCAGACCACAGUGUAUCUACGUCCUCGGACAGAAACUAUGGCUGUUCACCCAUUGCUGUACUGCAAACCAGCCCUGACUGUACCCCCACAGUGACCAUCUCACGCCAUGGGCCCACAACCACCUCAGUAGGGUGGCUGAGAGGCUCCCCCACCCCAUCUCUAGCUUCGUCUGUGUCCUCAUCUGUUGGUCAGUCUUCCACCUCACCCUCACUAGGUGCUUCCUCUCUUGUUGUUUCAUCAGUAUGUACUUCCUUACCGUCUUCCUCGCUCAUGUCAUCUCUCCCUCUCUCCAUCCCUCCUGUCUCCCUGUCACCGUACCUGUCCCACAGUCACUCUCCAAACACCACCAGGAUAGUGAGGACCACUUCUGCUGCCCCCUCCACCCAGCAACCGUCACCAGCAUCAUUAAGGUCCUCACCAGCGCUACGAAUAACAGAGGCAUCCAGCACUUUAGACCAGCUGGUGAAUUCAAGUAACCGAGUGGCAGGCCUGGGUGAGCAGCGCGGGGUUCGUGUCCACAACCUGGCCCUUACACAUCUCGCUUCCAGUGAUGCCGUCCCACCCUGCCUCCCUUCGCCACCUCCUUCCUACGACCAGCUAUGUAACCCCAAUGCACUACCAACUUACCAAGAGGCAACCCAAAGCUCCAGCAGCAAGCGUCGUGCAGAGCAGAGGACGGUUUUUACUCUGCCCUCCAAUACUGAGUCCACAAACUCUGACCCCCUCCUUCAGCAGACGUAUGUGGUGCAGGAUGGAGAGCGGGGGCUACGUGGGGGAGUGUUAGCAUCGUUGGCAGCAGAGUUAAGUGAUUCUGAGGGUGGGUACUCCACCAUCCUGGACGCCAUCCCACACGAGCAUCCCAGAGACCCUUGUGCUACCGUCCCUGUCAGGUUUCUUCACUCAUGCUCUCUGCGUCGUCUGCGGCCACCAAAGGUACAACCCCCCUGCCUAACCUCCGUCUGCAACAAGGCCCUAGUCAGGAAGGAACUGAAUCGUCGGUGGCCCUUCAUUGCUGGGGCACUAGAGGUUGAUCAUUGCCCUGGCCUCAUCCUAGUUGAAUGUUCUUCCCAUCUGACUGUCGCACACCUCCCAGAGCCCUCUCGACAACACGACGGAGGGAUAAUAGGGGGCCUCACAUCUGUGAGUGGUGGUGGUGACAUGAGUGGUAUCAUUGGGGACAAUUUUACUGAUGUGAUGCUUGGCUCCCCUAGUGUCACCACCAAUAAUGGUUCUACCACCAUUGACCUGGACGCCACUGCUCUCACCUCCCAGGUCCUCUUCUAUUUGUGUGGCAAGUGCGUAGGUUAUGAUUCCUUUGAUAUAGACAAUGUUAAGUCCCACAUAGAGUACGACUGUCCUGGCUCAUACAACCAGUGGGGCAAUAAUGCUGAGCUCUACCUUGUGUUGCGAGCCGUCCUCUUUGUUGUGAUUAUUAUAUUUGUGUUUGUGUGUCUCCCUUAUCUCAGACUAUAAAUUACCAAUUCUUAUACGUCUGAGCCCAAGGAAACAUUUACGGGAUAAAUACAAGCAUCUUGAAAUAUACAUUUAUUAGUAUAAUUAUAAACAUUAUAAAAAUACACAUCACAGGACAUUUACUAUUUAUCACAGCAAGUUAAUAAUUUUUUUUUUGCCUUCUAGGAUACAUCUGCCUUGUGUCACAUCAUACAGGACAUACACUGUGGAGACCUUUUAAAACAUAUUCAGGGGCACUCUACUGUGGAUAUUCAUUUAUGAAGUUCAGAAUGAGACAAUGGCUGAUGUUAGAUUAAAUUUCUACUAUUUAAGUCCCAGACUCACCAAAUACAUACAGGAUUCAAGAUGUGCACACAUGCUCACACAUACAUGCAACAUAUGCACGCAAAGAUAUGCUAGUAUUUUAAUGGAUGCACCAGAAUACAAGCGUUAACAAACAGUAUAACUUACAGUACCUUAUAGUAUAUACACAUCCUGCCUAAAUACACACACUUGUAUUUAAAAGAUUACAUAGAAAUUAACUUACACAACUAAAGAAGCAGACAAACUCAUGCAUUUAUAUCAGAAUAAUAAAGGGUCAUAUUGUGGGUUCAGAGUUGACAUAUGUUUCUGAAUUUUAUUUAUUUUUUAACUUAGAUGUGUAGAUACGUGAAGAAGACACUUAUAUUGUGGCUGUGGGCUUUAAAUUCAUUGUUCAGCCAACACUGAGAACAGUUUCAAAGAUUCAGUUUUUUGAAGGAGAUGUUUAUACACCUGUUUACUUGGCAGAACUCUGAAUAUUAGCUCAUAGACACAAUGUAAAUGUCUUCCUUACAUACACACACACACACACAGAGGCUCCUAAAACCGUAUUGUACCCAGUUUGAACCCCUGAUAUGACCCCUAGACUUGCUUGUUAUAGUCUAUGUGCAAAAUAAAAUAAAAAGGAAAAAAAAUAUUCUCUUGAACGGAAUCCAUACACAAGAUGCUGUGAUCAGUGUUCAUUAGGAGUAUAUCCCUAGAUUAAAAGAUAUAUUCUAAUUUUUGAGGUACGGUAUAUCUUUAUUCUAAGAGAGGUGGGGAGUACAGGAUGUAGCUGUACAGUUUUAAUGUUUUAUUCACCAAUGUUUUGUGAAUUUAUGAGGUGAAGUGUGACUGUUUUAUUCACCAAUGUUUUGUGAAUUUAUGAGGUGAAGGUGACUGUUUUAUUCACCAAUGUUUAGGGAACUUUUGAAGUGACAUUUUUAUUCAGCAAUGUUUAGGGAACAUUUGAGGUGAAGUUUUUAUUCAUCUAUAUACAGAUAUAGGGAACUUGUGAGUUGAAGUUUAACUAUUUUAUUAAGCAUGGAAUUAAAAUGUGAAGGGUGAUUUUUAUUCACUAAUGUUUAGGGAACUUAUGGGGUGAAGUUUGAUUUUUAUGGAAUUUAUGAGGUGACUGACAUAAGAAAAUACUAAUAUAACUUCUUCCUGUGGUUGUUCCCAAAGGUCAGGGAUUGGCUUCCCAAAUCUAUCUUUACCAUGUUCCCCGUCUUCAGCCUCCUCUACUUUCAGCCUGAUGUUUUGCAUGUCCCUCUCAACCAUUUUCCUCCACUUCAACUUUAUUCUUCCUCUUGAUAUCCUCCUUCUGAUAAUCUUUUCAGGCUCUUUUGAUCACCUCCCCCUCAUCUCAUUGUACCACAUGACCAAACCAUCUCAGUCUUGCCUCUCUCAACUUAUUGUCUCUGUAUCUCACCCUUGCUCUAGUUGUACUAUUUUCGUUUCUUUACCAGUCCCUGACUUGACACCUCCAGUAUUCAUUGCAAUAUUCUCAUCUCAGUUUUUAUGUAAAUGAACUAGAGUAGAUGGUUUUAACUGGUUGGAAAUUUGAUGCUGAAUAGACCUUGGAGUCAGUGCUCAAAAACUUUGCAACUCUGAGGAAAUUAAAUAAUUAAAUAUAUAUAUUCAUUGUGGUGCAUUAUAGUUAUUUUGAGUGAACUUUUGUAGUAAAAAAUGAAAAAUUAAAGGUUCAAUACUGUAGUUGCUAAUACUGUAAUGAAAACAGUGAAGCCUAAAUAGCUUAGUACAUUUUUUUUUUUAAUCCCAAAAAGAAAUGUGGAGCCUUAUUUUGCAAGAGGAGUACCAUAGCAGAAUACUGUACAUUUGUUAAGGGGUCUUAUCAAGUAUCCCUAGUUUGCACUUUACUGUAUUUGGAACUUAUGUGUGUAAGCUUAAAAACCAGUGUCAUGCCAGCUUUGAACUUAUGAACAUUUCAAAUUUGUUAGAGAGAACAGGUUUCCUCUUUCUCCCCAAUGAACCUGAACUAUUGUAUAUAUUUAAGUUCAGGGGUUCGGUGUUGACAGGGCACUAAUUCUUAGGGUCAAAUCGUGGGCAUCAUUAUGCACAUACCUGUACACACUUGUACAUACACACAAGUUCCAGACACAAUAUUGUGCCAACUUUGAGCCCCUGGUAUAAUCCAUAAGGCAGUGUGAAUGAGUGACAGUGAAUAAAGGAGGAAUAUUCUACAGUGCUGUACAGUACUAGGAACUGGCAUUAUUCAUACAUAUCCUUGGCUUAAAAAAAAAUUCCCUCAGACUUAAUGUUCUUUAAGUUUAAUCAUGUUUUUCAGGUGUUCAUGGCUACUUAUAACCUGUAUUAAAAUAAAAGACAGUAUUACAUAUGAGAACAAUAGAAAGUCUUUUGAAUUGGUGAUCAUUGUCUGCAGCUUUGGAGGUUAUACAGCAGGAGUUUGUACAAUGUCUUCAGUUAGGCCACAAACUUUGUCUUUCGCUCUCCAUAUAAUGUUCAUAUGAAACGUGACAUUCAUGCAUUUUUUUUAAUUGACACAGGGAGAGAAGUAUUCAGCUUGCAGUUUUUUUGUCAUUGCAAAAUAGGAGAAAUACAGUUGUAAUUAAAAUACAGGAAUGUUGUCCCAGCAGUAAAUGAUAGUGUAUGUGUGUCUGUUUACCAGCUCCUUUGUGGUAAUUGAGUGGGUAGUGUGACAGCCAGCUAAGACAGCAGAUAUGUAUUGUGUGAUGUAUGACAGACAGGAGGUAUGGACUGUGAUGUGUGACAUACAGGAGAUGUGGACUGUGAUGUAUGACAGACAGGUGUAGACUGUGAUGUUCAUCAGACAGGAGGUGUGGACUGUGAUGUAUGACAGACAGGGGUUGUGGACUACGAUGUGUGACAUACAGGGGGUGUGGACUACGAUGUGUGACAACAGGAGGUGUGGACUGUGAUGUGUGA